UCCUGCGAGUGCCGUACGCGCGUGUGCGUCGAGUCGGACCGGGGAAUAGGAAAACUUUCGUGCUGUUUUUAUCCAUCAAAAACCCUCGGAUUGAGGACAAGACACGGACCUAUCCUGUCGCUUAAUGGGUGUUUUGGUGCGCAAUGGACGUUUUCAGCGUUACAUCAGCGCUUUAUUCCCAACAGGGUCUUUUACCCAAACAUGUGGAAAACCAAAUCCAGUUGGAUGUUGAAGUGUGAUCUUGGAGCUGAUUUGAGGAGAUUUCUCUAGAUGUGGGCUGCAGUGGUGAAAUGAUGGCGACACAUUGGAGGAAUUCAGGCGAUGAGGAGGAGCUGGAUUAUGCCGGCGCAUCUCCGCACUGCGAGGAUGUGGUGGAUCAGGAUGAUUAUUCAGGAGUGCUCUUUCAGCUGGAGGAAGAGCCAUUUUCCUGGCCAGGCCCUAAGAUGCUUCGUCUGCGUCGCACUUCACAAGGCUUCGGCUUCACUCUGCGUCACUUCAUUGUGUACCCACCGGAGUCUGCGGUGAACUCCAAUGUUAAGGAUGAAGACCACGUUCGUAGAGGGAGACCGCGGAACAGACUGGAGCCCAUGGACACUAUCUUUGUGAAGCAGGUCAAAGAGGGAGGGCCUGCUCACAGCGCCGGACUCUGCACUGGGGACAGGAUAGUGAAAGUGAACGGCGAGAGCAUCAUUGGGAAGACAUACUCGCAGGUCAUAGGGCUCAUCCAGAACAGUCAUACAUUUUUGGAGUUGUGUGUGAUGCCAAAAGAUGAAGAUAUACUACAACUGGCCUAUUCCCAAGAUGCCUACCUUAAGGGUCAUGAUGCAUAUAGUGGAAAUGCACGCCAUAUACCGGAGCCACCCCCUACAUGUUACCUUCGAGUAGACUGUAAGCCCCCGGCGAUGGCCCAGACCACUGAGACAUCAGCCCCGGGGGUUGUACCAUCUGAUCUAGGAUACCGUGUGGAGAUACCAGUACCUCCCUCCCCUCCACCACCCAUUCCAAAGACACAGACUGCAGUGUGUGUGUGCAAUGAAAGUGUUCGGACGGUGGUGGUACCUCCUGAUGUACACAUGGGCCGUAUGGUUCCGAGUCAUAGGGUCGACUAUGGUCUAGUAGGCCCAGAUCCAAUGCUGAUCAGAGCCAGGCCUGGUACAGUGUCUGGUGGUCGCCCGCCAUACCUCCACCCUCGCAAAGCUGACAUGUUCCCUUCAGGUUACCAUGGUGAUCCUUAUGCCAUUCCACCUACACACUAUGCGCCUGCUUCCUCCAUUACCUCCCAUGCUACCCACCAGAACAUUGACUGGCGGACUUACCAGACAUACCGUGAAUAUAUUGAUAAUAAAGGUCUUCACACUCACAGUCGGACUAUUCAAGAGCGUUUAGACAGCUUGCGAGCUGCUUCCCAAAGUGUACACAUUGGCCCCCACUGUGGACCCCAACCUGGCUGGGGCAAUAAGUUACGCCGCAGAAGCACAUCUCAUGACCGGGCUUACCAGGGCCCUUCUGUGCUUCCUCCACGCAGCACUUCGCAGGAUAGGAUGAGUGGGGCAGAGAGAGCAGCCCUCACCAGGGACUGGCCUCCUCGUAGUGUGUCCUCUGACGGCCUCAUGCGGAAGCCACGUGUUCAUUCGUCAGACUAUGUGGAACAUAGUGAACUAGUUUCUCCUGCACCAUGGGCUUCUGUGGAUAGGCAGCUGUAUGGUAGAGUAGACCAGAGGAGUCGUCCUAGUAGACAGUCUCUCCCACCUCGGGUGGUCCUUUAUCGUCCCCCAAAAGGGUAUGGUAUGGUGGGUGUCAGGGGUGUUGCUGGCUCCCAUAUGCACAGCUCCAGAACAGACAUCCCACCCACCGCUGGUUUUCCAGAGCGACCUCGCAAUGGACUAAACCAGGCCAAAGAGCCUCCUUCCAAAGACCAAAGUGGAACUGCUGUUGGAAAUCGUAUUUCUCAUUCGUCAUCGAACCAAUCAAGAACUAGGGCUGAAACCAUGCAGAGCUCAGAAACUGGGAAUGAAAAUCCAGUCGGAUAUAGGUCAGCAUCUUACUCUGCUCCGCCUCCACAGAGGCCACAGUGUGGGGCAUCAGCUCAGAGGACACACCCACGGGAUGUCAAGGGCCUACCAGUAAACGGGUCCAGUCCUGUGGAGGGUGUAGUUCUCAGAGAGAAGCCCCCAACAGGGAAGGGGACUCCACAACCUCUCCGCCAUCCCUCGUACAUCCUUGCGGUGAAUGACACUGAUGGAUCCGAGCCGGCAGGGGGUGGUGUCUGCUGGUUGCCCAAUGAUGCACGCCGGGAGAUGCACAUGCGGAGACUGGGGGAGCGGCUUGACUCCUCCUUCUGCUCCAGUAAUCUGGACGAAUCACUUGACUCCAUUCCCUUCAUCGAUGAGCCAGCCAGCCCUAGUGUAGACCAUGAUGGCAGCCAUAUUCCUGCAUCGGCUGUGAUCUCUGGAGCUCAGGCUGUAAUCUCUGACAGCCCCAGCCCUACAACCCCCAGCCCCCUCAUGCGCCGGCAACUGUCUCAUGACCAAGAGUCUCUCAGAAAUGCCAUUCUGGAAUCGGGAACCAAAACGGAGCGCUCAAAAUCAUACGAUGAAGGCCUGGACAACUACCGGGAGGAAGGCCGUGGACGAUCCAGCAAACCGAGUCUAAGGGUUUUCAAGAAGGCAUUGGAUGGCCAUAAGUCUGAUGACUCCAGCUCUAGAAGAGACUCCUCCACUGAGAUCUUCAGUGACUCCACUAAGGAGGGUUGGCUGCAUUUCCGACAGCUCAACACGGAGAAGGGCAAGCGAGUAGGAGGCGGUAUGCGGCCGUGGAAACAGAUGUACGCAGUGCUGCGGGGACACUCCCUCUACCUCUAUAAGGACAAAAAGGAGGGGCUUGCUCACGUCAACUCGCAACUGGAGGACGAGCCUCAAUCAAUCAGCAUCAAGGCCUGCUUGAUUGACAUCUCUUAUAGUGACACAAAGCGCAAGAAUGUCCUGCGGCUAACGACUUCAGACUGUGAGUAUCUGUUUCAGGCAGAGGGCCGAGAAGACAUGCUGUCCUGGAUAAGAGUCAUUCAAGAAAACAGCAACCUGGACGAGGAGAACGCUGCCGUAACCAGUACUGAUUUGAUCAACAGAAAGCUCAAGGAGUAUAUAUCCAUGAGUGCACCCAGCAGUAAGACAGAGCCAUCACCCAAAACCUCACGGCAGUCCCUCAGCAUUAGACACACCCUGCUGGGCAGCAGCAGUAAGAGUCAGAGCCUCUACUCGCCCAGAAACGAACAGGAGAGGAGUAAAGAUGACUCCAGUCCUCCGAGAGAUAAAGCCGCUUGGAGGAGAGGAAUUCCAGGACUGAAGAAGAAGCCUCAAGAUAAGAGGCCCACUGCUGGCGUCAUGUUUGGAGUACGACUGGAUAAUUGCCCUCCUGCACAAACAAACGGAUUUGUUCCUUUGAUCGUGGAGGUGUGUUGUAAGUUGGUGGAGGAGAGAGGGUUGGAGUACACAGGCAUUUAUAGAGUCCCUGGAAACAACGCUGCCAUCUCGAGCAUGCAGGAGGAACUAGACAGUAAAGGCAUGACAGACAUUGAUAUCCAGGAUGAUAAGUGGCGAGACCUCAAUGUGAUCAGCAGUUUGCUUAAGUCCUUCUUCAGGAAACUUCCUGAGCCUCUCUUUACUAAUGAUAAAUAUUCCAACUUUAUUGACGCCAAUCGAAUGGAGGACCCUGUUGAGAGGUUAAAAACACUGAAGAGACUGAUUCAUGAGUUACCAGACCAUCAUUAUGAAACGCUCAAGUUCCUCUCUGCACAUCUCAAAACUGUCUCUGAAAACUGUGAGAAAAACAAGAUGGAGCCACGUAACUUGGCCAUUGUGUUUGGCCCAACUCUUGUCAGAACCUCUGAAGACAACAUGACGCACAUGGUCACGCACAUGCCUGACCAGUACAAGAUCGUUGAGACUCUCAUUCAGCAAUGUGAUUGGUUCUUCACAGAAGAUGGAGAUGAAGAGCCAACGACCACCGUGGAGCAAGAGAGCACAGUUCAGUCUCAGCCUGUGCCCAACAUUGACCAUCUGCUGACCAACAUUGGCCGCACUGCUUCGUCACCGGGAGACGUCUCAGAUUCAACCACCAGUGACUCUGCUAAAUCAAAGCAGGGUUCCUGGGGAUCUGGUAAGGACCAAUAUAGUAGAGAGCUGCUGCGUACUUCCAUCUUUGCUAGCCGCAAACGCAAAAAGCCUAAGGACAAGCCUCAGCCGAGCAGCUCUGAUGACGACCUGGAUGCUAGUUUCUCUAAGAAAGAUCUUCCAGUGCAAAAUGAUCCAAAUUGGCCUGCUGAUGACCAAACUGAGGAUGCUGAGAGUGAAGUUGGACUUGAUGACCAAAUAGUAGGGACAGAGGAUGAUGAGCAGAGCCCAGGAGACAGCCUUGACCUAACCUCUGAAAACAAGCAGCUCAUUUCUGAACAUCUGCCCCAGGAGACUUGUUCUUCACCUAAGAUCAUUGCAUCGCCCAAACCUAGUUAUCACAUGACUCGCCAGAGUUCCCUGUCCGAUCCUCCCUCCAACUACGACGACGGAUGUGUCUCGGAUCUGGGCACGCUUAACAGCACCAGUUCACAGGCCUCAGUACCCAGGAUGAGGCACGGGAGGACACCAGGCCACUGGAUGGAGAAUACAGGAAUGGGCCCAGGAGCAGAGGUCUGCUCUAUCACAUCAGAUUACUCCACCACCUCCUCCAUGACCUUCCACACAGGGGUGGAGUCCAUCGCCCUCAGUCCAGAGGUGCAAUCUGUCGCAGAAAGCCGCGGGGAUGAUGCUGACGAUGAAAGAAGCGAGCUCAUUAGUGAGGGGAGGCCCAUGGAGACUGACAGUGAGAGCGAUUUAUCGGUCUUUGCCGGUGGCCGAGAUAGCGGGCCAACUGAAGAUAGCAAACAGCUGGAGGGCAGCGUCACACCUUUGCAAGAUGUACCCAACCUAAUCCCCUCCCAUCGAAUCAUCGCGUGCGACACCCUGGCACGCAAGAGAGGGAGUCGGCAGAAGACAGACAGUGAGUCUUCAGCAGACGGGAACCGCAGCGACAAGGAGUCUAGUCGACUCUCGCGAGUGUUAGAGGCAGUCAAAGGCCGCUCCACCGGCAGUCUGAGCUCUUCCUCUCGCAGCGAAUCAGAGCGAGCCGAACCCAUGUGGCGAAUCAAAAUCACAGACCGGUUAAAGUGUCGACUGAGGACGUCAGCAGAUGACAUGUUCGGGGUGGGUUCCCAGUGCACCAGGUCACCCGAGACUCGAAGUAAACGGAAAAGCAAUAUCCGCCGCAGGCACACCAUGGGAGGUCAGCGGGACUUUGCGGAGUUGUCGGUAAUUGGGGACUGGCAAAGAGUCGAGGGCAAUGAGCUCUCAGCUAUGGAUCGCUUAAAGCCCAAGUGUAGUUCGCAGGACUUCUCCAUCAGAGACUGGAUCGCUCGAGAGCGACACCGAGCCAGCAACCCUGAAGUUAGUCUGGACUUACUGGACCUGCACCCUUCCCGAUCACGGGACCUGUUAUUCGCUGGGUCCUCGCACUCCCACUUGGGUCAGCUCCUUAAUGGAGAUGUAGCGGCCGCUCAGAGCAAGAGCCUAAGCCUGGCUGCAGAUGCCCACCCUCACAAACUCUCUGGUGCUCAAGUGGUCCGUUCCCGUUUCUAUCAGUACCUGUGAAAGUGUGUGUGAGUGAACACUCAUGUAUAUGAGUACACUAUUUGAGUGUCUAAGUAUUGGCAUGUUUUAAGGUACUUGAGUGAUGCUUGUAAGCCAUGUUGGCAUCAACGAGUCGAUAUCAUGAGCGAGAAUGUGUGUGUGUGAUGUGAGAUCGAGAGAAAGAGUAUAUGAAAUUGCUAUCGAGCGUUCUCAGAGAGUUGCAAGAAAUGUUUUUAAAACGUCCUGUGAUAUUUCCUUCUGUGAAUGAAAUUAUGUACCGAUCCAAUGUUGUACAGUGAACAGAGGCCCUCUCACUGUUGGCUGAAGUGCAGUAUUGCUGGAAAACUGGGAGAGCUCGAAUUCCAGCGAAUAUGGAUUUUAGAUUCGAGACGUCACACAAUGGAGCAGUUGUAGUUGGCUUGGAAGAUAAAGGCAAGUAACCGAGAAAUAGGCU